AUGUACGCCAAAACUGCUGUUACCGAGGUCACCAAGGCCUAUCGCUCUACCUAUGUCACCUCAUUGUUAUCUAACUCCAUCACUAAUACCGCUACCGUCAGAACAAUGUCUGCUUUCUCUCACAUGUCUGACAACGAUCCCGAAGUUCUCGAAAAAGAAAAGCACAAAGAAUUAAGCAAGAAGGAUAAGGAAUGGAACGAAAAGUUGGCAUCUCAUAGCGAAGCAGCUGUCAAGGCUGACAAGGAACAUGACAGGCCAAUUAAGAAUUUGCAAGAUGAAACUAUUGAACAUCUUGAUAAGAAGGACAAAGAAGACAAAUAA